AUGGCUAGAAGAAGAACUAAGAAGAGAACUCACGUUCAACCUACAGCUGAUGAUUUGAAAGGUAUUCCAAAGUCUAUGGUAAUCAGAGUUGGUCAAACAUCUCUUGCUAAUCAUGCAUUGAAUCAACUAGUAAAGGAUUUCCGUCAAAUCAUGCAACCUCAUACUGCUAUCCGUUUAAAAGAACGUAAGUCCAACAAAUUGAAGGAUUUCGUUGUAAUGUGUGGUCCAUUGGAUGUCUCUCAUUUGUUUAUAUUUACACAAUCAGAAAAGACAGGUAACGUAUCAUUAAAAGUUGCAAGGACUCCAAAUGGUCCUACUAUUACUUUCCAAGUACAAGAUUAUUCAUUAUCAAAGGAUAUUAAGAAAUAUUUGAAGAAACCUAAAUCAUUGAAUAGUGAAGAUGUCUUAUCACCUCCUUUGUUAGUCAUGAAUGGAUUCAAUAAUAAAUUUACACAAGGGGAUGAUGAAGAUGAAAAAGAUGAAAAGAAAAGAGUAGAAAAAAUCGUCGUGUCUAUGUUUCAAAAUAUUUUCCCACCAUUAAACCCAAGUCAAACACAGUUGAAUUCAAUCAAGAGAGUUUUUAUGAUUAAUAAAGAUGCAAAGACUGGCGAAAUAUCUCUACGUCAUUACUUCAUAGAGAUUAAAGAUGUCGAAAUCUCCAAGAGUUUGAAAUCUUUGUUCAAAGCCAAAAGUAAUCCAAAUAAGAAAUUACCUGUUUUAACAGGGAAACAAGACAUUUCAUCAUUGAUAUUAGACCAUGAUAUUGAUCCUUAUACCUCUGAAUCAGAAAUAGAUGAACAAGAUCCAGAUAACAUUAUAAAUGUUAUGGAGACAACUAAAGGUAACUCGGACAGCAAAAUAUCAAUAAAACAAAAAAUUGAUAAAGAGAAACUAAAAGAAGAACAAAAACGUCAAAAGGAAUUGGAUAUCGCCACUGGUUUACCUUCUAACAAUGAAGAACAAGCUAAGAUAGAAAAUGAAGAAGGUGAAUCCACAAACGGAACAGAUGGUAAUAUUAAUCUCGAUGAAAAUCUUGGUAAUCCAAAGAAGAAAGCUAUUAGAUUAACAGAAGUUGGACCAAGGUUAACUUUAAAAUUGGUUAAAUUAGAAGAAGGUAUAUGUUCAGGUAAAGUUCUAUAUCACGAGUAUGUCCAUAAGACAGACACUGAAAUUAAAAAGUUGGAAAAGAGACAUUUAGCUAAACUGAGACUAAAGGAAGAAAGAAGGAAGGAACAAGAAGCUAAUAUUGCAAGAAAGAAGGCUGUCAAGGAUGCUAAGAAAGAAAGAAAACUAGAGAGAAGAGCUGCUAGAAAGGCAUUAGAAAAGGAUGCAGAAGGCGAUGAGAAAAUGGAAGGAGAUGACAACUCUGAGUCAGAUGAUUCUGGUGAAAGUGAUAACGAUUCUGAACAUAACUAUAGUGACGUUCCUGAAGAUAUCGACAGUGACCUGUUCAGUGAUCUUGAAGAUGCCGCCCAAUAG